AACCCAAGAUGACAGAAAGAGUCAGUGAUGAAGAAUUGGUCCAGGAGGAAGAAGAGAAAGAGGAAGAGGAGGAGGAUGAGUCUCGGGUGAGGUGGGUGAGCAGGAGGGUGUGUGUACUACUGGGUCACACCAACCACACCUUCACCACACCCACUCUAGUGUGGCCUCACCACCCACACCACCCUCACCCACCUGCACUCCUCGACAGGUUCCUGGAUGAGGCGGAAAGAGGGUCGUGUCUGUUCUUCUGGCAAGACCAGGAGAUGCAGGACGACCUGCAUGGUGUCCAGGGUUAUCACCACCAACAGCCUACCACCACUGCUACAUUUUCCUGGAAGUUUGACGACACCAUUGCUGAUGAUGCUGACAGUGACACUGCUGACCAUGGCUUUGUUUUGCAGUCAUUUACAGAGGUGGACGGUGGUGGUCCAGUGCUGCAGGUGGUGGAAGGCUCAGCUCCCAAGAUAAUGGGGGUGGCAGGGGUGCUCCUUAAGAAGGUAGUGAGUGGCACAGUUCCAGAGGUGGAGAGUACCACUCAUGCAGAUGACCUCCUCCCACAGUACCUCCACUUCACAUACCUUCAUCCUCACACUCAACUCGCCCUCCAUUCCAUCUUCCACCAGGUGUAUCUGCCUAUCUGUGAGCGUCUGGGUAAGGCAGACAGGACUGCCUACCUUGCCUCCCUCUCCCACAACUUCUGCAGCCUGAGCAGGCUGCAGACCCUGGACCCGCCCCUUGAUUAUGACUCGGAUGAGGAAGAUGGGACCCAGAAGCAGAUGGUGGCAGCCCUGAGAGAGUCAGAGGGGGAGAUGGCUGACCAGUGGAAGGAGGGAGCAGAGAAGAAGAGUGGUGGUGGAGAUGAGGAAGAGGAUGAGGAGAAGAUGAAAGACCCAAACGCACUUCUGGUGAAGAAUGUUAACAGGCACCUUGAGAAGUACUCGCAGGUGAACUAUGAAGUGACUCUGGAGGAACUGCAGAACACCUGGAACAUGAACUUCAUGAAGCUCUCCUCCACCUUGGCUCACUUGCACAACCACCCAUUGGUGCUGAGUGUAGGAGAGAGGGAGGAGGCAGAAGAAGAGGAGGAGGAGGAGGAGGAGAAGAUUGAGGAAGGCAAAGAGGAGGGAGAGAAACGGCUGCAGGAGGCUGUGGUGGAGCUGGGUGACCUCCACUGUGACCUCAGUGACCGCUACAGGUCACUCUCCUACCUCCACAAGUUUAUCAAGGUAGUGAGUGAGAGCAAACUGGCAUCACUGGCUGGUCAUGCCCCAGGGUUGUUGGACCUACUACUGCUGUUGUGGCGUCUUGGACGACGUCACGGUAUGAGCGGCAAGGUCCAGAUGAUCUUGGAGUCAGCAGUAGAGAGUUUGGUGGAGCUGGUGACCCACGAGCUGCGACCAGUCAACCUCCUUCCUUCCAGCAUGAGAGAGCAACAGCCCUUCAUGGACUCGAGUGGACGUGUAGAGGAGGCACUGAAGGUGGUGGGUGAGUGGGAGGCUGCAGUGGAGAGUUGCGAACACCAGGUGUCUACAUCAGCUAAGCGUCAGAGGGAUGGGCGGCAGGACUUCGACCCUAAGAAAGUUCUCCCAACCAUCACCAGCCUCCGAGCAGUGUGCAGUGACCUUAGUGACAUUAUGAAGGUGCUUCUGGAGGCACAGGUAGGGUUCUCUGGAGAGUGGUCAGCGCUGAUCCGUGUUCAAGACCCUGACCAUCUCAAAAGUGUCACGUCGCAGGUGCUGCGGGUCCUCACAGCCUACGACUUCAACAUCUUCUCAACAAGGAACCAGGAUCGGUGGGUGAGGCAGAAAGAGGAUUUCCAGUUGGCUGUGCAGAAGUGGGAGCAAGCAGUCUCCAGUGCCAUUACAGAGAGCUUCAAGGACAGAAUGACCUCAGAGCUAGUAACAGCAGUGGCAGGAGUGUUACAGAAGGAGCCAUGCAGAGACAAGUUCAGACAAAUGCUCAUCUCUCGCCUUCCAGACCUUCUCUCUGCCUUCGCUGCUGAAGUCAAGGGCAUCAGAGCAGAUUUUCAGGCCCAACAGCAGGUAGAGAGACCCGGUACUCAGGCACCGUUGUCAGGGAGAGUUCGAUGGAUGGGUACUUACCUGACAAAACGCCUGGCAGCUUGGACCACGCUCAAAGUUCUCUACUCACAGUACCAGGGUUCAGGUGCAGGCGGAGAGUUGUGGGUGGAGGUUGGAGCUGAGGUUGAGGAGGUCCAGAAGGAAGUGGAGAGAGCCAGAGAACAGAUGGUGCUGGAAUGGGGCCAGAGGGUCACCCAGCAGAUCCCCAAGUUGCUGGUCACACCAGUCCUUGCACGGGAUAAAAACCACUUUGGAGUCGGGGGAUGGCGGGUUCAGCUUCCAGGAGAAUUACAGUCAGUUGUGUGGGAGUCAGGCCAGCUGCUACAGGCAGGAAUCCGUCCCCCAGAAUUGGCAUCUCAUCUUACUCUUCAUUAUCAAACUCUCCAAACUGCUGCUAUGGGCCUUCAUCUGACACUGAAAGACUAUCAUUCUGUGCUUGACCAACUGAGCCCAAUACAACGGGAACUUCUGAGUGCUGAAUUAUCCGGUGCUGAUCGUGUGUUGGCGGCGGGUCAGCGGGUAGUGACCUGGUCUCCAGCAGCACUAACACAUUUCAGUGCAUCCUGCAGAGAUGUCAUUGAGCAUGUUCGUGCCCUUGCCAACAAACUGAUCAGCAUCAGCCAUCACCUGGAGGAUUACUUGGCCACUAUACAGAACACUCGUCUCAUGACUGUGUCCCACAUCACCGCUCACCCUGCAGAAGGUCCUCCUUCACUUCAGGAGCUGUUGGAAGACUGCAACCAGAGUUGUGAUGAAACUGUUGAUGAGCUUAUUGACACCUUUGAGAAACUGGUCACAACACUUGGGUCUGCUGGACUCUUAUUGGCUGGUGCUGAAGAGGGAGCUCCAGAAGCACUGGCCUCACACAUACGUGCUGCCCCAGAAGUUAAAACAAGAUUGACACCUUUUCUAAUACACUGGGAGCAUAGUGUGCAGGAGGCUAUAACCAUGAUGUUAGUAAAUAGCAUUAGUGAAGUGGAGGGAUGGUUAGAAGGUAAAAAAGUUGUGUUUGGGGUUCAGUCAAAUUUAACUCCAACAUCUACCCUCACGCUCACUCCACCAGCACGAACACUGACCUCUACCCUCGCAGAUGCUCUUGGGCACACAGUCAGAAGUGCUAUGGCUUUCCGGCACUGGGUAGAACUAGAUGAUGGAACGGUAUCACUGAACCCAGCACCCACAGCUGAUGAUGACACACUUGCAGCAUCUACCUUCUAUAGCCAGGUGUCUAGUGAUUCACGGUUGCAUGCUGCUAUUGAGAAUGUACAAGCAACUUUUGCAAAAGUUAUACGUGAGUUGGAUAUUGAUCUACAGAGAAUGUGA